CAAAUGUAAACCGGGGGCUGGCCCACUUCCUCUGUGCCGACUCCUGUCUCAGUUCUGACCGACUGAGGCAUCGGACCUAAGAGAUAAAGUAUACGCCUUCCUGGGUAUUUCCGAGGAAUUUUCAACCUCUUCGUCUGGAAUUCUCGGUCCCGGUAAUACCAUAGUACCAAACUAUCAAAGUCCACUGAAGGAGAUGUACCUCGACACGGCGAAAUUUAUCAUCAAUACAUCCGGGAAUCUAGACCUCCUCUCCCUGGUACAGGAUCCAUCUUCUCGGAAGCAACAAGACUUGCUAUCAUCGGUUCUUGAUUUUAGCGCCGAAGCCUUUCUAACACCCAUCGAAGAUACAAUUCUGCUUCCCUGGAAUGCAUCCGAAGGCUUUGGGCUCAUGCAUGUAUCAUUUAUACUAGAUGGCAGUCUCGAAGUUCGUGGCUCAUGCAUUGGCAAAGUCAAGUAUACUGCUAGAUUUGAUCCCAAGAGCAAGAGCAUGUUCAAGGACAUUUUGACGUUCUUGUUGUGCCUUCCAGCGGUUUCAGACAUACCAAGCCCUCCGAUAACUCAAAGGCUCAAGGUCUUCAUUGAGACUGCACAUGAUGCGUAUGGAUCUGACCAAGAGUCCCGCGCCCAGCGUGUGGCGGCACUUCUGCGCGAGGAUUACGGGCACCAACAAAGAUCAUGCGACAAAGUCGGAUGGAAGUUUUUUGGCGGACACUGUUGAAGGACAGUUUCCGAGCCCAGCAUCCAGCACCCGCAACCUGCGGGAAAACAAUCAAAAUCCUGCGGCAGAAAGAGAUAAACGCAGUGCUAUGGGACAUCAUGAAAGGUGUGCUUGAGGGAAUUUGAACACGCUAGAAGAGAGAGAGGAUCGGGUGGUAGAAGAACUC